GAUCUAAGCAACCUUUUUGCGGCAAUGGAUAAUUCGCGUAAUGAAUCGAAAAUGUCGCGACUUGCCGACUACUUCGUCAUCGUUGGAUACGAUCAUGAGAAAGAGCGCACUGGUUCGAGAAGUGGAAAAAUUAUUCAAAGAUUUCCCGAGAAAGACUGGCCCGAUACACCCUUCAUCGAAGGCAUUGAACUGUUCUGUCAACCGCAAGGAUGGUCCCUAUCCACAAUCCGCCAAGAACCACAGUUCUUCGUGUCGGUACUAACCGACAUGGACGGGAACCGGCACUAUUGUGCCUGCCUAUGUUUCAACGAAACGAUCGCCAUCACACCGAGCAAACCCAUCGACGAAGAGGAAGAGGACGAUAAUCUUUCACCAUCCGGCAGUGGGACAGGUGCUGGUGGUGUACUGGUAAACAGUGGACCACCUUCGAUUACACACCACAGCAUUAUGUAUGCUCCAAAAUGUCUCGUAAUAGUGUCGCGGCUCGAGUACAUCGAAGCAUUUCGCAACUGUCUCGGCACAAUCUACACGGUCUAUCUGGAGAGCCUUAAAUUUCAGCUACACUACCUGAUCGGUAGCAUUCUGGGUUGUAUUCAAGUGCCACCGCCCGGUGGCCCACCGGUACGGUUUUCGAUCGGUGCCGGCGAUAAACAGAUCCUGCAGCCACCGCUCUCGAACACGCUGCCCGUGACCGGUUCGUGCGUAAGCUUGCUGUUUCAUCAGCUAGGAAUAAAGAACGUAAUGUUGCUGUUUUGUGCGGUCAUGACCGAGCACAAGAUACUGUUCCAUUCGACCAGCUACACGCGCCUAACGGAUAGCUGUCGAGCAUUGACCGCUUUAAUGUACCCCUUCCGGUACAGUCUGGUGUACAUUCCGAUACUGCCCGCAUCGCUGCUGGAAGUGCUUACCAUGCCGACUACGUUUAUCAUGGGCAUCCACAGUUCGCUACGGUCGGAGAUAAGCGAAAUAUUGGACGUGAUCGUGGCUGAUCUUGACGGUGGUUCGAUACACAUUCCCGAGUCGCUAGUGCCACCCAUCGCUCGGUUACCGGCUACGCUUUGGGAUUCGACCGAACAUGCGCUCCGGAUGGUGUUGCAUCCGGAACUAGCACUGGCUGAUCUUGCAUUCCCGUCGACCGCUGGUAAUCUGCAUGGUCCGGCAUUAAACAACAAUAUCAACCAGGGCAUGGCGCUUGCACCUGCAUCCAGUGCGAAUGGGUACAGUUUUCGAGAACAAAAGAAUGACAUAAUGCUUGAUAAGGAAAUACGGGCCGUUUUUAUGAGGCUUUUUGCUCAACUGCUGCAAGGCUAUCGUUCCUACCUCACGCUGAUUCGCAUCAAUCCCAAACCGAUCAUACAGUUUCAUCGGGCUGGGUUUCUGGGAGCACGAGAACUCGUCGAUUGUGAAUUUUUGUCGCGCGUACUGGACAGUAUGUUCUUUACCGGGUUCGUAACGGAGCGUGGACCACCGUGGCGUGCGUGUGACGCUUGGGACGAGCUGUACAGCACCAUGAACGAUUUACUGAAAUCGGAAACGCUCGACCCUUCGCUCGUGCUCGUGCACAUACAGGAUCUGGCCAAGCAGCUGUACACGAACGAGCAUCCGAAUCCGCAAUCGUUUCAGCAGAAAAUUUUACGCCCUCCGGAUGGUGCGUUCGCUCGCAUCCAUCAACCUCCGAUGCCGCUGAUCGACACCCAGGAGGUACAAAAUGUGAUCAACGAUGGGCUGCAGGCGAACGAUUUGCAAUCCCGCAUGCAACCGGUCCGGGUGAAGUUGCGCAUUGUACCGAUGGGACCGUACCUAAAACCGGCCCCCCAAGAAUCGCGCCCGAUUGUUAACAACAGCGCCCGCAAGCUGGAAGUUCUGCGCAAUUGCAUCAGUUGCAUCUUCGAGAACAGGAUAACCGAGGCGCGCAAAAGCUUCCCGGCGGUACUGCGCAUACUGAAGCAGCGGGAGGCCCGGCUUACAAUGUGCCGUGAGCUGGCCAAGAUCGGCCAGGGCAACAAGCAGCUUGAUCAUCAGCAGUUCGAUCUUGUGAUCAAGCUGAUGAACCGUGCGCUACAGGAUGAUUCAGCCAAGGAUGAGUAUGGUGUGGCAGCGGCCUUGCUACCACUGUCGUCGCUGUUCUGUCGGAAGUUGUGCACGGGUGUGAUACAGUUCGCGUACACCUGCAUCCAGGAUCAUCCAGUGUGGAAGUCGCAACAGUUUUGGGAGGAUGCUUACUACCAGGAGGUACAGACGGCGAUAAAGGAGCUAUAUCUACCGCUUGCGAACUGGCCGAAGCUGAGUGGCGUUGGGGGUAAUGUGUUGGGAGGGUUGACUGACAGCAGUAGCGCUCUGCUGUCACAAUCGAUGUCACGCGAUAAGCACGAUCGCUCCUCGAUGCUUUCACGAGCACAAGAACCUUCAGCAUUGGAAAUAGCGGCCGAUCAGAUGGGCAAAUGGGCCACAAUGGAUCCGGUCACGCAGAAAGAGCUCACCAACAAGGAGGAAAGUACGCUGUACAGUCACGCCAUUCACUACGCCUACCGGAUGGUAUAUCUGCUGAUCCCCCAGGACGUCGGUGGUGCGGUAGGGCGCGUCCAACGUGACAAAGACGGACGCCAUCUCGAGGAUGAUACGAGCGUGUCGAACAGUGUGAUCGAAUCGCGCAGCCACAACAGUGACCACAACAGUGACGAAGGCUUCGAGGAGCACGAUCCCGGCGAAACGGGCAGUGCGGUUACGAGGAUGGUGUGCAAGUUCAUCGAUCGCGUCUGUACCGAGGGUAACGUGACUGCGGAGCACGUGCGCAAUCUACACCAGAUGGUACCGGGCACGAUACAGAUGCACAUCGAAACGCUCGAGGCGGUGGCGCGAGAAGCGAAGCGCAUACCACCGAUCCAGAAACCGAAACUUCAAUAUCCGGUGUUACUGCAGGACGAGAAAAUUAUCGGUGAGCUGAGGGCGUACCUGUUGGCGGAUGGGCGCGAAGAUAAGGAGGGUGCUAGCAGUGGAACGAUGCUUCCGGCCGAGGGUGCACUGUUCCUAACGAACUACCGGGUGGUGUUCCGCGGGUCGCCGUGCGAUUCGUACUCCUGCGAGCAGAGCGUAGUCCGCGCGUUUCCUAUUUCAUCGCUUACGAAAGAGAAACGAUUGACGGUGAUCUAUCUGCAGCAUCUGGAGCAGGUACUGCCGGAAGGGAUGCAGUUACGAUCGUGUACCUUUCAGCUGAUUAAAGUCGCGUUCGAUGAGGAAGUGGCGCAGGAGCAGGUUGAUGCAUUCCGGAAAGCUGUGCACAAGAUCCGCCAUCCGGAGGAUGAGUUUGGGCACUUUGCGUUUGCGACGCACGGCUUGGCUCAUCCGGCGCUUGGCCCGGGACAUAAGGUGAAGGAGAAGAAUGCUACACUGAAGGACUUUGCGAAGAAAACGCUACUGCGGACUGCAAAGAAGGCGGGUUUUAAGCAGAAGACAGGCGCCACAAAGCGGAAGUACAUACUGCCCGGUGCGGUUGAGUACGAUGAUGCGUACGGCAGUGGAGGAGGACUGCUGGGUAUGGGAGGAUCGGGUGGUGGUGGUAAUAGUGCGGGCGGUGCUGGGGGUGGGGGUGAAAACAAUAACAACAACGACGAUGAUGAUGUGUCGGACGAAGGUACGGAUACGUUGCCGCGCGUUCACGUGAAGGACGUGGAGCGGUUGAAGGAGCGCAGCUACGUGCGAGACUGGUUACGGUUGGGGCUGGGCGAUGUACAGACGACCGGGUAUCGAAUUUCGCCCGUAAACAGCAACUACAGCAUCUGCCGCACGUAUCCAGCGAUGGUGGUAUGUCCGAAGGAGGUAUCGGAUGAUUCGCUGCGAUGUAUGGCACGAUGCUACAAGCAGCAUCGGAUACCGGUAGCGACCUGGAGGCAUCGCAACGGUGCGACACUGUUGCGUGGUGCGGUACCGCAAGCCAAGGGUGUUAUGGGGAUGUUGAAGGGUCAUCCGGGAUCGGCAAAUGCGUCCACCGAUAGUACAAGUUUCCAGGAGCAGGAUCGCUACUUUGUGCAGGUGAUCAAGAUGACGCCCCACACGCGUACGAUACGUCAUCAGGCGUGGGGUGGACUGUCUGAUUCUAACAUUUCGCUCGAUUCGCUCGCCCUGGCCGCAAGCAAUCUGAUGUCGCGCUCGGACAUGUCAACUCUAACUCCAGAUGUUGGUCGCAAGCAGCAGCAGCAGCAGCAACAGCAGCAACACCAUUCUCACCAUGAUGGUGGAAACGGCGGCGGAGUCAAUGCUGGUGGAGGAGGCCUUUAUUCGAUUAACAAUUCUUCCUUCUCAAGCUUUGGCGCAAUGCGAUCGAAUAUCGUGAAGUCGAACAAGUGGGCCUCGCUGAAACCGAACCGCAAUUCAUCGUCAACAGCAGUAGGAGGUGCCGGUUCGGAUUCUACCAGCCUACGGGAUGUCAAUCAUUGGGAACAUUCACAUCCUCAUCACCACCACCAUGCUUACCACGCUGGUGUUGGCGGUGGUCCUGGACAAGGUGGCCCUCAAGCCCACUAUGCAUUCCAGCGCGUUCCACUUUACUUUCUGGGCGAGAAAUCACAGUCCAAGUCGGCGAAACUUUCGGAAAUGUAUGCCGAAUUCAUUCCGGUGGAUUACACGGAUGUGCGACACUCGCGUACCGCCUUCAAGAAGCUUAUGCGCGCUUGUCUACCGUCGUGCGAGACGAACGAACCAGAUCAAACGUUUGCGAAGCUGGUGGAACAAUCUGACUGGUUGCAACAAAUUCGCGGUCUAUUGCAGUUAUCGGGAGCUGUCGUUGAUUUGAUGGAUCUGCAAGAAUCAAGCGUGACGCUAGCACUCGAAGACGGUUGGGACGUGACGGCACAAAUUUCCUCCCUAGCGCAGCUAUGUCUCGAUCCGUACUACCGCACGAUCGAAGGUUUCCGGGUGUUGAUCGAGAAGGAAUGGCUUGCGUUUGGGCACCGGUUCGGUCAUCGGAGCAAUUUAAAACCGAACUCCAGCUCCGGCUCACCAUUUGCACCCACGUUUCUACAAUUUUUGGAUGCAGUGCAUCAGAUACAGCUACAAUUUCCGUUGGCAUUUGAGUUUAACGAGUUCUAUCUGAGGUUUCUCGCGUACCAUCAUGUUUCGUGCCGUUUUCGUACCUUUCUGUUCGAUUGUGAACUGGAGCGGGUUGAUUUCGGCAUCACGGCGAUUGACGAUAAGCGCGGUUCCCUAAAUUCACACCACAAACAUGUAGUUGAGGCGCUCACGAUUUCCGAUGAUGAUAAUCUCAUCUAUCAUGGUCUGGGAGGUGGUGGUGGCAACGGGAUGCCGGGUGGUGUCGGCAAUAGUGGUGGCGGCCCGAUGGGAACUUCUUCCGGCAGCGGUGGUGGUGUGAUAGGAGGUGGCGGACGAAAUACAAACACACAAAAGUUUGGUCCUUCGCUGUUUGACUACAUCGAGCGGCAGCACGCAAAAUCGCCCAUGUUUUACAACUUUAUGUACACGCCCGACCCGGAAAGAACGGUAUUAAGGCCACAAAGUUCGAUUUCAGUGUUGGAAAUCUGGUCCUACUAUCUGGGGGAAGAACUUGCUCAAGGACCACCGUACGACCCGGAACUGGUCGGCAGUGAUAAUAUGGAGGAUGACUGUGAUUACAUGUACUCGACCACUGGUGGAAACGGUGGCGUUGGAGCGGGAAAUGCUGGAAGUUUGGGCAGUACCGGUGGUGGUCCAUCGAGUGCGGCAAUGUUACGGCAACCGAGACGACGUGUGGUGACGGUGAAUUACGAUAGCUUGAGCCGGUACGAAGCGGACGCGUUCACCAAAUUACUGGAUGAACUGAAAACGGCUGAGGCUGAGCGUGGUUUGCUUCCGCAAAAGUGGCGCCAGGUUUGGGAUAAACUAGAGCCACCGCACUCGGAUUCACUGACUCGGCAUGCGUCGUUCAGUAGUGCUUUGGUGCGUUCGCAUGGACGGCUGUUGCAUAAAAGAUCAACGUUGGAAAUUCUCAUGCGCGGUCGGCAGGCCGGGUUUCAUCAGGAGAACUUUUUGCAUCCACAUCGUUUCGAAAAGCACGUCUACUCGGCACCGGUCAACUGUAAUCACUGUGGCAACGUGCUCUGGGGUCCUCUACUGAAUGGUCUAAGAUGUGUUGACUGUGGCAACACCUAUCACGAGAAAUGUGCGGAAUCGGUGCCGAAAAAUUGUACCAAAUACAAGGCGGUCGAAGGUGGUAAUCAGCCAACGCUGGCUCGUACGCAGGGCGAUAAUAACAGUGUUACGUCAAGUGUGAACACUACCAACACCAAUAGUCAGCAUUAUUACGAACAGUAUGACAGCAAGGUGGCUGACGAUCGAACACAUGAAGGCUACCUCUACAAGCGUGGUGCAAUCUUAAAGAACUGGAAGCAACGCUGGUUCGUGCUAGAUUCGCACAAGCAUCAACUACGGUAUUACGAUACGAUGGAUGAUUGUAGCUGCAAGGGUUACAUAGAACUGGCAGAAGUACAAUCGGUCGCGCAAGCACCACCACAAACUGCACCGGCCCCAUCGAAAAAAGUUGACGAUCGAGCAUUUUUCGACCUCAAAACUAGUCGACGUACGUACAAUUUCUACGCCCAAGAAGCAUCCAGUGCGCAGGAGUGGAUCGAAAAAAUCCAGGCCUGUCUGCAGUAGAGAGAGACCCCCUUUCUACCUCGUUUC